GGAUCAAGAUGACAACGCCAACCCCGACGGCUGAAAACUGCCUUUCCUUGACAAACGGGACCACAAAGUCUCAAGAACAUAUUCUUUAUCAAAGUUCGGGAGCAAUUGUGGCGGCCAUUGUUGUCGGCGUGAUAGUGAUAUUCACAGUGGUUCUGCUCCUGUUGAAAAUGUACAAUAGACGCAUGAGGACGCAGCGUGAGCUGGAACCUAAGAAUACAAAAGCCUCAAUCCCUUCCACGUCAGGACAGAACAGUAAUAGCACAGGACGCCCUACAACAGUGACAUUUGUCCCUGUGGACAUCCACAUGCAGAACAGAAGACUGUGAGGCACUAUGCUGCUGAGAAUAACAAACUAGAGGGACAUUUGGGCCUACAGGCUCUAGAAAGACCUGAAAUCAUCAGUGCAGGCGAAGUGUCAUCAGUGGCUGAUUUUCUGUGGCUAGUUCGUUAUGCUUCUUUGACUUUCUUUUAAAGAGGAGCGACUGAGCAACUCAGAACUGAUGAGAGAACACCAGGGUGUGGCACCCAGUCACAAAAAUGGUGUUUUCCUGUCUGCAGCUGCUGUUACGAAGGGGCAACUAACACAGUUACCCUGGUGUUGGAUAACAGUUGCCAACUCUAACUCAGAAAAUACUGGGGACUUUGGGGGUGGGGCCAAGAGACUCUCCCAUUCCCUAAAAUAAAUAAACAAAAAUACAGGAGUGCCAUUCCCCUGAAUAGUCUUCAUUUCCUCAUUCCCCAGCAGCUGGCUGCACUUCCACACUCACUCUCUCUUUCUCUCUCUCACACAGAGCAGCUAAAAUAAACAGUUUGGAAGCAC